AUGUCCCGGAAAGGUGUCGGCCUGGCAGCCUUCGACCGCUCGCGUCUCACCUCCGCCCAGUUCGCCUCUCAUGGAACCUCACUCCGUACCACCAAUACACAGGCACUAGAAACGCAGCUCUCCGUGUUUCGGUCGCUGCUUCAACAAUUCGCCCAGACUCAUGCCAAGGACAUCCGGUCCAAUCCAUCCUUCCGCGCCCAGUUUGCGCGCAUGUGCGCCGCAAUUGGUGUUGAUCCCCUGGCGUCAUCCAACUCUUCAUCCUCAUCUGGUUCAGGAGCCGGAAACAUCUGGGCACAGCUGCUGGGACGAAGCGUGAACGACUUUUAUUUCGAGCUUGCCGUCAGGGUAGUCGAGACGUGCAGCGCAACGCGAGGAGAGAAUGGCGGCUUGAUUGGGGUCAAGGAGCUCCGAGACAGACUCAUGCGCGGACGGAUGGAAGGUGCCCCUGAAGUCACAGAGGACGAUGUUUUGAGAGCAGUCGACACUCUGAAACCCUUGGGAAGCAGUCAUUCAGUGGUCAAGGUCGGAAAUAAGAGCUACAUCCGCAGCGUGCCGAAGGAGCUGAAUACGGAUCAGAGUGCCGUGCUCGAAGCGGUACAAGUUCUGGGCUAUGUGAGCGUUUCUAUGCUCAUGGUGAAUUUGAGGUGGACGAGGGCCCGAAGCCAAACUGUGAUUGAAGAUCUGCUGGGCGAAGGCAUGCUUUGGGUGGACAAACAAGCAGAUGAAUGGGAGUAUUGGAGUCCUGGGUUCAUGCUG